UGCUCCGCCUCAACACUCCACCUCUGCACACAGCAACAGCAGCAGUAGUAGUAGUAGCAGCAGCACAAGCCUGCAGCAGCAGAAGCAGCACCACACUUGUCUCCUCCUCGGUUAUUAACCUGUCGCAUGUGGGAUACAUGAGGAACGACGGAUAUCUGCUCGUCCUGGAAUAACAACAGCAGCUACAAUUACACCUGGUUUUUUUUUUUGUGUGUGUGUAUUUUUUUCUGGAGACGUUUUGUGUUGCCAGGGAGGAAUUAAGUCCAAGCAGCCAUGACAGUUCAUCUCGUUGCUGCCAGAUCAGUCUACAGCCCCUUCUGACCAAACCCUGAUUUAGCAAUCCAAAGAUGUCAGCGUGCAGUGACUUUGCAGAACACGUGUGGAAACCCGGCUCUUGUAAGAACUGCUUCCACCCGCUCAGUGCGCACCACAAGGCUGUCGGCAGCUUGGGGGGCAGUGUGCCAGCCGCUUGUUUGAAGAGCAGCCUGGGAGGUGAUGAAGAAGCUGGAGUAACAGCGCCUUCACCCUACAGCAAACCAACCAUUGCUGUCAAACCCACUAUGAUGAGCCUUGACACCAACGAGUCAAUGACCGAUGUAAACAUGAAUAUCGAGCAGGAGCACACAAAGAGCCCGGUUGAGCGGUUGGGCCUGAAGAAACUCUUGGACCUGUCGUCUCUUUACAUUGACAGCAAUGGCUGCAACAAGGCCCAUAGAGAGGCGGUUCUUAAGAGCCCUGAAACAAAGAAGGACUACAACAACUGCUUCUCUCUGGCUUCUUUAUCCCCCAACAUGCCCAAAGACUCCAUGAUCAUCAGCAACAUCUUUGUCACCCAGGAGGAGGGUAGGAGUUCUCAGAGUUUGAAGAAGAACGCCAAUGGAGACAAUUGUAGGCAGCUGAAUACAAACACAACAAGAACCAAGAGCACUUACAAUGGAAUUGGUGUUUCUGCCAAGGCAAAUCAUCAGGAGUCCAGUCAGGCAUCCGUUGAGAUACCUUUUCCUGUGGAUAUUGUCCCUUCCAAUCCUGCCACUGUUCAUGUCAAUGGUAUCAGCAGUGGAAGUACUUCUACAGUAACAACAAAGACAUCCAGCACUUCCUCGAUCACUGCCAUAAGUGUGGACACCACCAGUCACAAUCUCCCACCGUCCCUUCAUUCUCCUCCCGUCCUGUAUGAACAGACAAGCCUAUCAGACUCCACUUGUUCUUAUCGAAGUAGUACAGACUCACUCCCGGGGGCAGAGGGUCCUGGAGGUAAACUAGUCCGCACUGGGAGCCCCAAAAGCCCGUCAAACAUGGGUAGUUUUGAGUCGGCUCCAAGUUCUCCUGAGGGUAAGCCAAACUCGGAACCCAUUUAUGCCGAGAGCACCAAGAAAAAGCGCAGGCCGCUGGGAAAUGGAGUGCAAUCCAAUGGAGUACAAUCCAAUCCAGAGUCUCCCAACCAGACUAAGAACUUGUCCAUGUGCUCUGAGCUUUCAGGAGAAACUCAACGGGCCACCAUUACUGUAAUGGCCACUCACACAGAGGAGAACAACAGGACUUUCUACCUGAGUAGUCCAGAUUCAGCCAUCAGCACCCAAUGCCACUUCAGCCCCACGGCUCAUAAAAACCCCAGCAGCCCUGCCUUCCAAUGGCCCAGUCCUAGCCACAGCGCACCUUCUUUGGCUACAGAAGUCAGCCAUUCCCCAACUUUCCACCCUCGGCCUUCGUCCAGCCCGCCCAUUCCUCCGAAAAGGACAAGCCGUUCCCCCAAACUGGGCACCUCCAGCCUUUCAUCGUCCAUGUCCUCUCCAGUCCCUCUUCCAGAACUCCCAAGACUUGGAACCUCCAGCCUCUCACCGUCCAUCUCGUCUCCAGUUCCCCUCCCAGAACUCCCCAUGCUUUUCCUGGUCUCUGCCAUAGAGGGCCACUUCAAAGUCCACACCGAGAGCCCCAGUGCAGCAGCAUCCGAACGCUGGCACAAGCACCACCACCACAAUUCUGGCUGGAACUGUCGAAUUGAGGAAGAAGAGGAGGAGGAGGAAAGAGAGCGAAAAGAAGGAGACAAGAAGAAGCUGGCUGCCAGCCCUGGGACAACCUCUCGGGUGACAGGCCUGGUCAAUGGUGCUGCUGUCUGGAAGGAGGCCAAGGACUGGAAGGCCCACAGCAGCCCCCCUCCGAUGACAGAGCCAGGCACGGCCCCCCCAUCUGCCCCCAACAAUGGUGCUUGUCAGGGGGAGACUGAAGGCGCCGGUGCAGAGGAAGAGGGCAAGGAGAACGGGAGCAUGCCGGCCAGGCAACCGUUGCAUGGCAGCUCAUCAGAACUGUUGGCAGCAGGGAAGGGAGCUGCCAACAAUGAACCCAAUCCCCCACCUCCCCCACCUAAGAAACUGCACAGAGUGUGUGGUGUGAUGAGUGGCAGCAACAUGGAGCUGGACCGCUGCAGCCAACAAGGGUCAGCAGAGAGUCCUACUUCCUCUCUACGGGGGCUGGGCAGUGCCAGUUUACCCACCGCCUCCACCGACAACCUGACUACUGACACUGGAUCUCGGGAUGCUUCUCGGAUGUCUUGUUCCUCUCCAUUUACCAGGAGUCCAGCUGCCUCAGCUCCUGCGUCUCCUCACCCGCCUUUCUUCAGCAGCCUAAGUAACCAACCACCUCCACUCCCAGAGAAGAAAAUGGUCAACCGCACCGUAUCAGCUCCCGACAGUGCAAACGGAAAACCCUUUGUCCGAGCCUACCCUCGCCUGCCGUUCACUGGCUCUGAGAGCAACGUUUGCCGACCUGCUGACGUGAGCUCCCGGUCCAGUUUACCGUCCAGCCCUGUUGAUCCGCGACCUAUAUUCUCUUCCAAUGAGUCUCUGGAGCGAUGUCAUGCUGUGCUCGGCCGAUCCUCCAGAUCUCGGACUCUGGACGAGCCUAUGAAGACACACGGGCGUCUGGGCGUCCACUGCCGCAGCAGCAUCACCUGCUCCUCUUCUCCACAGCUCAGCGUGCCCUUCUUAGCCUCAGAACCAGGUCUGGCACCAAAUCUGGGCUCCAGCCUGCAGCUCCAGACCCUCCUGAGUAACAUAGACAGCAGGGAGGGAGUGUACUCCAAACUGGGAGGCCUGUACGCUGAGUCUCUGCGGCGAUUGGCAUUGAAAUGUGAGGAUCACUUCACACGCUCCCAGAGGAACCCGCUGAGGUUUGAAGAGAGUAACUGGUCCCUGUUCAGGCUCACUUCUAACAAACCGAGCUGCAACGCAGGAGAUGCUGUGUACUACUCUGCUGCCUGCGCCUCCGACACCAGCAACUCCUACGCUGUGAAGAUCUGUAAGAGUCCGUCCAUGGAGGCCAAACAGGGCCACCUCUACAGUCUGUCAGUGCAGCAGAGCUUGCCGCCUCACUUCAACCUGCAGCAGGACUGCGGCCACUUCCUCGCUUGUGUCCCUCAGAGCAUGCUGCCUUCAGAAGAAGUCUCCGCGGCCAACACACCUGCUUCAUCGCAGCCUCAGCAGGCAGACCGAGAGCGGGUGGUGGUCAUCACCUCAGAGAUCCCUCAACAGACGGCAGCUGACUUUGUCCGGGAGUGGCAGGCGUUCCAUAAAACCCAGCCAGAGGUGUACGAACGCCGAGUGUGUUUCCUCCUCCUGCAGCUCUGCAACGGCCUGGAGCACCUGAAAGAGCACGGGGUCACACACCGAGACCUCUGCCUGGAAAAUCUUUUGUUGGUUCCCCAUCAGCGAAAGUCGUCCCAGCUCCCCCAACAAACCGCUGACAAUAACACCAGUAACAGUGUGGACACUGCACGUCACCUUCCCCGCCUCCUCAUCAGCAACUUUGCUAAAGCUAAGCGUCGCUCCUCCGAGGACGCUGCAUCGAUCACUGUCGAUCCUCGCAUCAAACGCGACCACGCAAGAUUGGCGCCUGAGAUCGUCUCAGCGGCCCAGUACCGAAAAUUCGACGAGUUCCAGACAGGAAUCUUGAUCUACGAGCUCCUCCACCAACCAAAUCCAUUUGAAGUUAGUCCAGCUCUAAGGGAACAAGACUACCGCUGUGAGGACUUGCCUCAAAUCCCCUCUGCUUCCCUUUACUCAGCCGGCCUCCAGAGGCUCGCCCAGCUGCUGCUCCAACCCGACCCCAUCAAACGCAUCCACAUCCAGGAGGCCAAGCGCAUUCUCCAGAGCCUGCUGUGGGGCCCCAGGAAGGACCUGAUGGAGCAGCAGUGGGAGCGACACGGACACCGGGGGGGAGGCUUUGUCGGCGGAUCCCGACACGAGGGGCUGCUCAACUGGCUGGAUGUGAAACGAGCGCUGCUGAUGAUGAAGUUCGCAGAACGUUCACUGGAGCCGGAAAGAAAUGCAGAGCUAGAGGACUGGUUGUGCUGUCAGUACUUUUCCUCGGCUCACCCUCUGUCGCUCUGCCACACGGCUGAACUGCUCUACUCGCUAAAGUGACGGCUAACCUGACGGUGGAAAAUGUGUGAGUGAAGCCGAAGAUGUUUUAUUGUAUGAAUGAGAAAGAACAACAAUGUCAAUACACUGUGGAUGGGUCCUUUGGAGAUACUGUGAACCUACCCACCUGUUUGUGCUAAUGCUACAUGCAUGAGAGCCUAGCAUCAAGCUAGGCGUCCACUUUCAGUAUCCUGCUACGGACUGAUUAUCAAAGUAGUGAUCUGUGAAGUUUCUGCUGUUUUUUGUUGUUACACGGACAAAAUCACUAAAACACACUCUUAUCGACUACUGAUGCUGCAGUUAAAAAAAAGAAAAUAUGGACGGCAUUCAUAUUUCUGUAACACACUUACCAAAGUUUCAUGUUUGACCAUGUAUUGUGUGUAUUUAUUAAACAACAAGUAAGACAUUUACCCACUGAGAACAGGCUAAUAAGACAUAACCUCCCUCUGUGUCAUCUAAGUUUGCAAAGUAAACGCUGUGUGGUAUCUCAAUGUGCAGCUAACUUUUAGCGUCUGAUAUAUUUACAGAAAAUAUGACGUCACCUGCGGGCUUUCACUGUUGCACCUUUUUCUGUCAUAUUUAUUCUACCAAGGGAUGUUGUUUGGCAACUUAUUUCAAAGUGGAUUAGAUGCUAAUUUAAAUUCAGACUAGUUGACUUGUAUAACGGUAGGAAAACGCUCGGAAAGGAGUGAGCAAAAUGUGUUGGACACGACUAAACACUGGAUCACAGAGUCUGUGGGUAAACAAUGUCAAAUAUUUGGUUUGCAGAGUGUAGUUAGCGUUAGCGUUGUUAGCGCCGCUAGCGUUCGGUUCUGCUCGCAGGAUAACUUCCACAUGCCUUUGCUGGUUACGCAUUGCUCUGGUGGAUUGGUUAUAUGCAAGUUGAACAUACGACUUUAUCUCCACUUUCUAGAUGAAAAUACUGCCAUACUGCUCUGCGCUACAAGAUGCCAUCCGUCCUCUGUGCUGGUUUACAUCCAGGUUGUAGAGAACUACACAGUAGCCAUUAACCAGAGCUACAGCGGCGGCUAGUGGCUGGCAGCUGCAUUACAGCUUCGACACAACAUUUGAUCGGCAUUGUUGGCCCCUAAAUUGAUCAAAACAUAUUAAUAAUUCGUUUAAUUCUGGUGCUGACAAGUGAGGGAGAUGAUGUUUGAUUAUUUAAUCAUCUAAUGGUUCACAUCCCUGGUUCAUUCAUGGGUACAUGGUGCUGUAUACUGUUAACAACACAAUUCAUAUUUAUUUAACCAAACAAACAGAGUUAGAGAACAAAACUCCCGUUCCUGAGGGGGUGCUGGAGUUCUAGUUGGGGAGAUGAGUGCAGGCGUCCUGUAGUCUGUGCUCACACACAGUCCUUGUUAGACAGCAUUGCAUAAUGAAGAUUAGUUUAGAUUAAUCGUAAAUCACACAGUCUGACACAACUCAAUAGUAAUGGGAUUUACCAACAAAGUGAGUGAUUUUCUUCUCCUGAACGGACGCCCCAGUGUUUCUCCUUGUGCUUACUUUGAGAACCUUUUUUUUUUUUUUUUUUUACGUUUUGACAUUUGUCACAGUGCCUUUUGUUCUUGUGUGCAUCAUACGUAUGUGUUACAGUGACUCCGAAGCCAAAUGUAAAUAUGACUGAUCAUUUCGUCCUUUGUGAAACUGGCCUUUCACAGAAUGUUCUGGAAACAGUUUUGUACAGUGAUUUGUAGAUGUUAAAAGAAGAAGAAAAGAAAAAAAAAUGAGCCCGAGCAGGUCUUAGAAAGCCAUGAAAAAAAAGCAGCAGUUCAAAAUAUUUAUGUUCUAAUUUGUUAUCCUGUAGUACUCACUGGAAUUCCUCUUGUUUAUUUCCAUACGUGGAUUAUCAAUAAGGUUUGUGUUGUUUGGGCACCGCAGCAGCUGGGCCUGUUUUUUUUUUGUUGUUUUUUUUUGCCUCCAGUGUCCCAUGUAGGCUUCAGAGAAAACUUUAUAUAAUGGUUGUUUUACCUUCAGCGAAUACUUCUUCAUAUAGUCCAUUGUAGCAAGAAUAACCAGCCUGCAUGCAGGUUUCUGUCCAUGACUGACUGUUGUAUCUAAUAUCCAAUGGAAAAGGAGAAAAAAAAAAAAACAUGGUCCCACUCACAGCUAAUACGUUAUUGAUUGGAAUUAUUUUGUGUGCCUCACCUAUUAGCAUCUAUGAAUAAACUGUGCAUAUAUUUUUCUCACAGUA